CUCUGACGCGCACUCUCUCAGAUAGCGGAACAUAACCAACGAUCACUCUCCUCCUAGCAGCGAACAGAUUUAAACGGCACUUGCAAGCUGCAAUUUAAUAUCAAUCAACCAAAGCUUUGUGAGAGUUUGGAAAAUGUUCAUCAUUGCCACAUUCUGUCUGUUGGGUCUAGCCACAUCCCAGACUGUUACAGAACUCACUUCCUGUAUCACAAAAGAAAAUAACCUGAGGAUGGAGUGCAACUUCAACCCAGUAGAGACACCUGGGACCACAUGCAAGUUCACACUAGGGGACAAGAUUGUAGCCACCACUGAUGCCAAAGAGACGCAAGAUGUCAUGUACAAAAACCGUGCUAAUGCCACCCUAAUGGACAAGGUCUGUGAGCUGUCUCUUACAGGACUGUCUGACAAGCCCCAGGACUUCAAGUGUACCAUCAAACAAACAAAUGAAUCAUCUUCAGUAGCUACUGUCGACAAGAAGACCGCUGAAAAAUGCUCUGGGAUAAGUGUCCUCCUGCAAGGAGGCACAGGGCUGUUUCUUGUUCUUAUGACUCUGCCCUUGUUGUCUGAACUCAUUUGAUUUCAAAUAUUAUGUCAAAUGAGCCUUUACAUAUUUUGCCAUCUGUAUGCAUGUAGUAAAUUGUACUGAUGCCACAUAGGCUGCUUCAGGUCUUCACAGUGUCUUUGAACAUAAUUAUGGCAAUGCUUUCAUAGAUAUAGCUUUAUACAUCUGUUAAAAAACAUGAAUGAAGACGUCAUGUCAUGUUAAUACUGAUUAUUGAGAAUUAUGUAAAUGGAGAGGUAUUUGAACCUUAAUAUUUCUUCAUUUUAAUUAAAGGCCUCCCCAAAUUUAUAUCCACACCUGUUCAUGUUUUAUAUGAAGAUGUUUAGCAGAACUCAUAAAGUUUGCAUAACUCAUAAAUGUAUACAUGAUAAAGUAUUAAUGUACAAGGCCACUAAUGGUGCUUGUGAAAGGUUUAAUACAUGCUAAUUAAACUAAGCCAAUGUUUAAAA